UAAAAGCCAAAUGGCACGAUAUGCCCCUCUACAGAGCAUUAAAGACCGACGCCUUGUUAAAGGAAAAUUAAAAAGGAAGCAUUUGUUCUCAAAACAGUCACAGAUCUGAAAUGUAUUGCCUUAUUACGCUCACAUAUCUGAAUGAGAUAUCCUAAUGAGACAGUUUUCCGGUAUAUCAAGAAAGCUCUGGGUAGAGAGAUUACCAAUGUGGGUAAAUUAUAUUGGGGAAAACACUAGACCAAUCUUUAUAGACUCAAGAACUAUCUCUCAUUGGAUAGACGACAAGUGACUUUAUAACUGAAUUUUGGUAUUCGAUCAAUACCAAAUUCAGACAAAACAAUGAGCAACAAAGACCCUGCAGUUUAUCAAAUCGAUUCCAAGUGUAAGCCAGAUCAAAUCCCUCGUUAUUGUGAAGAAUUUUUCUUACACAAAGGUACAUCAAGAUAAAAUAGAUCCACAGAACGCCAUCCAAAACAUCAAAAUUAUUGCACAAGCUUUAGGACCCAAUACUUUGGAAAGAAGUGUAACUAAAAACUUCAGGAAUUUCAAAGAGAUUUUCUAUAGUGAUAUUAUUUCAAAAGUAUACUUUAAAGGGCCUCUCAAUAAAGAGCUACUGAUUUUUCCAAAAGUAAAUUCCUCAAACAAGAUUGUCUUAGUGAACUCAAAAUACAUUGUCAACAACAAAUGGAUUAGGCUGAACAAAAAUACGAAAAAAGAAAAUUAUCCUGACCUUUGCUGAAUCAGCCUAGAUGAUAUUGAAAAGCCAGUCUUUAGUGAAAUCAAGGAGGUCUCUGUCUGUGGGUUUAAAAAUGAAUUUUUCAUAGAUAAUCAAGAUUUUCGUUCCAUUAUUGACCAGCUUUAUCCAAACCUUGCCAAAAUAGAGCUUUGAAGGAGUAUUUGUCGGAAUAAUUGGCAUGCUUAUCAGUUAUGAGAUCUAAUAAAAGGGAGGAUGAUGAAAUCAGUACUUGCAAGUGGGAGUGAUGUGAAAUGAACUGUAAUAAAGAUAAGAUCUGAAAGAGCUAUGCUUGCUUCAGCUUUCAAAAAUGGGAUCCUACCAAAGAUAUAUGAAUUUGAGGUAGAAGCAUAUGUAAAAAAAAUUGGUUUUGUAUGAAGACUUGCUUUAUUGAUAUUGUUUUGAAAUAAUAUCAAUUGAGAAUUGAAAGGAAGGGAAUAUUUUUCUAAACAUGGAAACGGACAAUGGUUGAUGAUCCCAAUAUCUGAAAUAAAAAGUAUCGAAACAAACCACUGUUCAAUCACAAAAUGGGAAAUAUACAAAGUGACAUCCUUUUUUCCUACAUCAGAGCCCUCUCCACCAACCUCUUCCCUCCAAAUCAGCAAGCUAGCUUCUAACUGGGAAUUCUACGAUAAACUUCGUUGCCAAAUCCUCACAAUAUACCGUAUCGGAACCGGCACUCAUGACACCCCAGCCUGAACCUCUUCAAUGUCCAAAUCCCUGUUCUCCUUCACUGCAGAGAAAGAAUCCAAGAUCUGCCUUGAAAUGCCCCUGUUCAACACAAGUGAUCCUUCUUAUGAGGAGUUUACAGUAGAAAAACUGGGCAAGUUUAGAAGAUUGAGUCUUAUUUUGUUCAUGGAUGUGGACUCGAGUGGUACUGAGACGGAGAAGAUGUUAGAAAAGGUAGAAGUGAUUAGUCAGUGAAGGAAUUUGGUAAGCGUCAGAGUUAUUUUGGUCGAAAAGGAUCGAGAUUCAGUCAUGAUUAGUCCAAAAUGAACAGAGAUGUUGAGGAAGUAUUUGAAAGGAAUCAAGUGGAGGCCAGAUAUCAAGAUUAGUAUGGAAAAUUGGAGCUUUCUGAAUAAAUAUUACAAGAAAUAAUAAUUUCAAGAAAACUAAAGUUUAAGUUU